AUGACAACUCCAAAAGACACCAAACCUCUCCCCAUCCAGACUGCCACUAGCUCCUCGAACUACGCCCACGCCCAGGAGACCAAAUCCGCUACAUCCUCCGGCUCACCUACGUCAGCUGGCAGCCACACAGCGAAGAUGCCCGACGGCCGACGGAACUCCCAAGGCGAGAUCCUUGGAAGUCCUGUGGAGGCCUGGAAGCCGAAUUUCAAGAGGGUGCAGAGCUGGAGUAGGGAGGAGUAUAAGAGGGCUGCGUAUCAGAACGAGAUGGUUGAGGAGCCAGGACAGGGAACGGGUUUUACAGAGGGCGGAGAGGGAUCCAGACGGGUUUAG